AUGUCCGCCCCCGAACUGCGUGACUGGCUGCAGGGCGGCCAAUCCCAAUCGUCGGGCUGGCACAAAUCCGACUCGAGUGACACUGAGACUAUCGGUCAUGAGAGUGGCCGUAAAAUCGUAUCAAUACUAGAGCACAACCCGGAGAAAGAUCCGAGUCAGUACGAAACGGACGAUAUCCAGCAUAUGCGAAAAGUGGUCGCUUACUGCAAGCGGCAUUUGGCCCAGGAAGAAACGGCCAAACGAAACACUCAGAGCAAGAGCUAUAAAAGUUUGAAGAACUGGGGUCAUGAUGCGUUGAAAGACUAA